AUGACUCGACCAUCAUGUCGGAUAAUUUGCCCCUCUCGCAGUCUCAAUGUCCUCAAUUUCGCACGGCAGCAACACUCUGCACACGCCAACCUACCAGUAGAACUAGCUGGAGGCAGUAUGAGUCGACUCGAAUUUGACGACUUGAGGCUUCUAGCCGAUAUCAGACCAAGAAUCGCACAUUUAAUCGCAAAGCAGCUGGUCGACGACAAGCAGUCCGGGAAAAUCUCGAGUUUUGAUGUGCACAAUGCCCUCUGCCUCUUCAGGUAUGGGGUCGAUGCCAUACCUGUAUACCUACCAUCAGAAAGCGACUUCACACCCGAAAGCUUCAGAUACUUUGCAAAGAGGCUCAAUCGUCUGCUUGGUCUAUUCGAGAACUUGGUCCGCGAAGAGAUUCUCGCGGAAAGACCGCUCCGUAUUUCUGAUGACGGGGCUGAUCAAAGUCUGUCACAAGAGGUCAAGAGCGGGACGGAGGAAACACAAUGUCACUCAUCGGUAGGGUCAAUUCCCAAGUCAUCUAGAUUUCCAAAACUAGAGGCUCUGUCAAGACGAAUAUCGCCGAAACCGGAGGACAUGCCCCAUCAAUCAGCAUUCCUCCGUCUUCCGAGCACAGCCAAAGAGGCUGAAGAGGCAAAUCGAAUUGUCAGCGAGUUCAACGACAGCAAUGACUUGCAGACAACACGGGCUGAUCCGAAACCCAACCGCGCCCCUUCAGUAACCCGCAAAAAACUGUUCAACACGGAAUCACAGACGACGAGUAGCUCCCAGAAUUGUUUCACGAGCCUGUGGGAGUCAUUGACAAGAAACAUGAACACAUCGGGGUGCACAUCUACGCAUGUCGCAAAGAUCCAAGUUCGCCAUCCUGGAAGGGCUGCCUUGAAGAGCGACGAAAUCGAGCACAAAGUUUUCAUUUCAUGUUGUCCCAACCUAGACAAGUGGCAGGAAACAACAUGUGAGGUGAUUUCCGAACUUCCCCGAAAUUCGAAUUUGAAGCAAGUCAGGAACAUUUGCAAGGUGAUCCAUGGCUCUCUCCAGGAUGGAAUGACUCUCAAAAUCGUGAUACAUGACGACGGGAUCGUCCGAGAUCCCUCUGCUGCCAGACGCAUCAGAUUGCCGCAAGUGCUUCCAACAUUAUCGCUGGACACCAUACUCCGCGACGACAAUCAAAAUUUACACACUUAUCACAAGAUUACGUUGGCGCUGAACCUUUCUUGUAGCCUCUCUCGGAUGUACCAUGGCGGAAUUCGUACUGAGUGGACUUCUCAAGACAUUCUUUUUCUCUUCAACCAAGACAAGGGCGCAGUCAGCCAGGCAUACAACCCCUACGUGCCUUACUCAUUGUCUCAACAGACACAUUACACAGACUCUGAGUCGACAGGCAUCAGAAAGUUCUCACUUCUCAUUGCCUUUGGGAAACUACUUAUCGAGAUUGCUUUAGGGAGGAUUCUUGAAGAAUCCGAACUCAGUGAUUAUCCCCGAGCAGACGUGGCACUCUGGGCAAUCAUAGAUGAUCCAAAGGAAGAGAUAAGGGCAAUCGUGCCGUUUGGGUAUGUUGAGGCGAUAGAAGAGUGUCUUCAAGCCAAUCGAGAUGACGAUUAUGACGAAGAAUCGGACGACGGUGAAGGGCUUGAUGAAGAACUUCAGAUCCUGGGAGUCCUUACAUCCGUCAUAGAAAACCUUGAGAACAGCAGAACAAGGUUCCUCGGCAACGAGCGCAAGCAGAAUCCCGAGUUUGACCCGAAUUUCCCGAAAGAAUGGAAGGUCUCUCGCAGUCUCCUGAGGCAGACUACGUUCCCGAGAAGCAGCAACUCUCAGAGGCUACUUCAUGAAAAUUCUGUAUUGGUAACUGACAUCGCCAAUGAUGCUUCCGCCCAGUCUCUUAGCCAGCUGUUCGACGGCGGAAACGACUGCAUUAAGAGCACAGAUGAAAAGGCUACGUCAGCCGAUAAAUUCAUGUGCCUAGUAAAGGACUUUUACGAAGCUCAUAUCAAGAACCUGCCUAGGAAAAGAAGGAUCCGUAUUGCGAUCCUAGACACCGGCGUCGACGAGUCAAACCUUUUCAUCCGCGGCGUAUGCAAGACUAUGAAAAGACGAAAUGGAGACUCUCCCUUCAGAAAGAUCAAAUCAUUCAUUGGCAGAUCUGGUUUGGACGAAUUCGGCCACGGCACCAACGUGGCGGCUCUGGUGUUGAGAGUAGCUCCUGAGGCGGAUCUCUACAUAGCACAGAUCUCACAAACCAAAGAGGAGGCAAACAAAAUUCAGAUUGCUGAGGCCAUUGAGUGGGCACGAACGUCCGAGGUUGACAUCAUCAGUAUGUCUUUUGGCAUGUCUGAAGAUUGCUACGAGAUUGAGAAAGCAAUUGGACAAGCAGAAAACGACAACAUUAUUAUAUUUGCUGCGGCAUCCAACUACGGAGGAAACCAACGGAGAGCCUUCCCUGCAAGAAUGGACAAAGUCCUUUGUGUACAUUCGUCUGAUGGAGACGGUAUUGCUAGCGGCUUCAAUCCUUCCCCUAAGGCCGAUCGCGAGAACUUCACUACACUUGGAGAGGGGAUUGAAUCGGUCUGGGAGGACGGUGUGUACUUGCAUGGUACAUCAUAUGCCACACCAAUAGUCGCUGGCUUCGCUGCCAACGUGUUGCAGUACAUUUGGAACUGUCCACUAUUGCAAGAAAGGCAUCGAAAAAAGGCAUCUACUCGCGUGGGUAUGAUGAGCCUUCUGGUAGCCAUGUCGGAAAAGAGGGGAGACUUUUACUAUGUCAGCCCGUGGAGAAGGAUAUGGACUCUAGAAGAGGGCGAAAGAGAGGAUGUCAUUGCCUUUAGAAUUUCUGAAGCUUUGAAAUACGACAGAUAGCUCAUCGUUGCCGAGAAAUAGAUUGAAUGUAGUCGCAAAGAAACUUCAACAUUAGGGCAGACUUGGGUUUCAAGGAGCGGAUGAUAUUGGAAGCAACCUGA